GCUGCGAUCAAUCCGGCUCGUGCCACCCGCCUCAUCCACCGCGAGCGCUAGGUAGUCAGUGAAAGGAGAAGAGUUCGGGUUUUGUGAGCGAGAGCGAGUGAUGGCGACAGGGAGCGGAGAGGUUCCGGUGGUGCCCGAGGCGGCGGAGGGGAAAGGGGAAGGGGAGGGGAAAGUUGCGGCGGCGGUGGAGGAGAAGGAGGGAGAGGUGUCUGCGGAGGCGGUGACGGUGGAGAAGGAGAGAGAGGGCGCGGUGGUGUCGGAGGUGGUGGAGAAGGCGCCGGCGAAGGCGGGGAUGAUCACGCUGAAGUGCAAUGAUGGCAAGCUGAUCGAGAUGAGGGCGGCGUCGGCGAUGUUGUCCAAAAUCCUCGGGGAAAUGGUCGAGUCCGGCUGCGCCGACGGAGUCAUCCCGCUCACGGAGAUCGACUCCAAGGCCCUCAAGAAGGUGAUCGAGUACUGCGACAAGCACGCCGACUUCGCCGCCAACAAAAAGUCCGGUACCGACGAGGAGAAAGGCUGGGACAAGGGCUUCAUCGACGAGCUGGACAAGAACAGGAACUUGCUCUUCAGCGUCAUCAUGGCCGCCAACUUCCUCUGCAUCGAUGGGCUCCUCAAAGACACCUUCGUCGUCACGAUCAAGGGCAAGACCCCCCAGGAGAUCCGCAAGGCUUUCAACAUCGACAACAACGACAUCACCGAUGAGGAGUUGGAGGAGAUCAUCCAGCAGUGCAACAGGGUCUACGGGCAGUACUAACUUCUCUCUGAACCCAUAGAUCGUAGAUUCGUAGUGUCCUCGUCGCGCAAUGGUGGUUCUUUCGUAGUUGUGUGUUGUGUUCGCUGGUAGGUCAGAUCGAAUCGGCUUACCGUGAUUUCGUGCAUGAUGCAUCUUGUCCAAGAAGAUCAGAGUCGGCUGUGUAGUUGAAUGGUUUGAACUGGUGGAUCGCUUGCAUGAAGAGAAUGUUUUGCCCCAUUGCCGUGUCUGCUUGGUUUUCAUGCAGUUACUCUUCUCAUCACAUGGUUUUCAUGCAGUUGUGUGAAUUUUAACAGAGGAGGGAAAAUAUUAAUAUUGUUGCAAUUUUAUCUGAAUGUUGCAUUUCGUUUCAGAUGUUGAUUAAUGGACUGAUCCAUUUCGUAUUGACCCCUUUGUAUUCAGUCUCUUGCUUUGUUUGGUUAAUUCAGAGAUGUACGAAGAUGCAC